GCCCACAAUGCAUUAUUUUGUUAAUCAAAACGUAGAACGAAAACAAAAAACGUGUUGUGGCUUUGAUUGUCAUACUAUUGUUAACAGAUUAACAUGGGGCGACGGAAGAAGGCCAGUAAGCCUCCACCUAAACGGAAGGUGAUUGAACCACUCGACAUACUUUUCAACUGUCCAUUUUGUAACCACGAGAAGUCCUGUGAAGUAAAGUUAGAUCGACAGCGGAAUACUGGAAUAAUCACCUGUAAUGUGUGCUUGGAGGAUUUUCAAACAAAUAUAAACUAUCUCUCAGAGGCGGUGGAUGUGUACAGUGACUGGAUUGAUGCCUGCGAGUCGGCCAACCAAUAGCAGAGCGUUGGAGCCUGCGGUGGGCGUACAUCAAGAGACUUUUGAACUUAACAACACAUUGUGGAUGUGAAAGUAAACAUUGAGACGAUCUGCAGAGAUGAAGAUCUCCAGCCAGUUGUUAUUUAGAGCAAAUCAGUGCAAUCACAGGGCUGUCACAAAUGUGAUGCUGUUUUUUUAUUUACUGACAUUAUAUUUUUUAUAAUUCCAAGUGCAUAUUUUCAAAAUGAAAAGAUUUGUUUUUGUUAUACAGUUAACACAUUUGACUUGGGAAGGAGUGAAAAGAAAAGAUGCGUCACUAUUACAUGUGCGUUUACUUGUACAGAUUAUUGGAAAUGUUAUGUGAAUGUCCAGUGCUAUGGUUGUAGUGCUUUUUUAAUGGUGAUGGUGUAGUAAAGGAUGUUUGUGUGGUCAACCAUGAGUACGAGUUAGCACUAUAAAAGAGGAUUGCUGUAUAAAGAUGGUUAUUGAAUUUCAGUGUUAUGGUGUGUAUAGAACAGUGUUAAGUGGUCUGUUGUACCUUUCAGGAUGAGUACAAAAUACUUGAAGCAUAUCAAUAUGCCAGUUCAUUUCUCCAACUGUUAUUCUGGUAAUUGGAUACAAUAACUGGUUGUGUCCAUGGUGAUGUAUUUUAAUACAAUUAUAUCGUGGGAACAUUGGAAUACUGGGUAAAUAAUAAACUAAAAUUGUACUUUCGUGAGGGGGUUUAUAACUGAAGUAAACUGCCUGAAAUUUUAUGUAAACAGGUUAUUGGUUUUGUUUAUAUUACUAGAACAAGGUCUGUUGUGGAGUCUGGUUUUGGGAGAAACAAUCGAUUGUUAUUUUUCUCUCAGAUAAUAAAGAAUACUUAAUUUGGAAAUGAGACAGUUAAUAACUUGAAACUGUUCAAACCAAUGAAAUGUUGUUUCUAAGUACCUGGUAUAUAUUUAUAUUUUAAUAACUUAAUUCAAAUUGUAAUUAAUUGCUGCAUACUGGGUUGUUUUUUUUAUCUCAGUGUGUAUAUAAAUUCAGUGACACUGUAUAUACGACAUGUUCAUGGAUUAAAAUAAUUACUGCUUAGCUAAGAAAGGCCACUAAUCUUCAAGCACUGAUUUAUCCAUAGAACUUUAGAACAAUAGGUAAAUGUAGUAUUUUUCUGAAUAACAAUGUUUCUAUGUUCUUGCAGGCUAAAUACAUAAGUAUAUCAGAUGAUGUUUUAUUUGCUUGUGUACAUUACAUUCCUUGUUCUUGUUCUAGGAAAUCCUUGCUAUGUCUAAACAUUAGCAAAUGUUACAUAAAGAGAAAGAGAGAGAGACAUGAAUGUUUUCUUUAUUUUUAUGGCUUUUCCAGAAAUGAUCAGUUGUGGGAUACAAAAUUUAAUGAAACACCCACCAUGCUUUUAAAAAAAGACAGAAAAGAUAUUGCCACCUACCACCUCCCCACAUUUUUUGUUUUUUUUUCUUUACAUUAUUUGGGCUGGGAUUUAGCUCAGUCAGUUGGGUGCUUGCUUGAGGUGCUUGUGUCGUAGGAUCGAACCACCUCAAUGGAUCUUUUCAUCUGAUUGUUUGUCUCCCGUUCCGUCCAGUGCACCACAACUGGUCAAAGGCCGUGGUAUGUGCUUUUCCUGUCUCUGGGAAAGUGCAUAUAAAUGUAGCGGGUUUCCUCUGAUGACUAUGAGGCAACAUUACCAAAUGUUUGACAUCCAAUAGGUGAUGAUUAAUAAAUUAAUGUGCUCUAGUGGUAUCGUUAAACAAAACAAACUUUAAUAAACUUCUAACUUUUCACAAUUGUACUUCACACCAUGUGUAAAAAAGAAAAGAAAAAAGAAAAUCUUCUAUUGAAACUGUCCAUGCAUCAACGGAAGUGAACUCACUGAGCAUCAAGUUGACCAUUCCCUCCAUAUAGUAAUUUGAUCACUUCCGGGAUAGUCUUAACUCUUGUAGAUAUAUCACAUGGGUUGGUGGCACUUUUUCUUAAUAUACAAGUUUGUUACCCAUUUACCACAAAAUGUUAUUAAAACCAAGUGUGCAUAGAAAUAUGUUUUGAACAUACCAACCAGACAUAAAAUAAUAAUUUCCCCAACAGGUCAAUUCUGGAACUGCAUAGGUAUGUGGAAUGGGAAUAUGAUACCCCCCCCCCCCCCCCCCCCCUUCAUUGGAAUGAAUGAAUGCAUGUUUUACGACACCCCAGCAUAAAAAAAUACACAUCGGCUAUUGGGCGUCAGAAAUGGAAGGCUCCUGCAGUUACUGGCAUCUUUCGAUGUCUUUGAAUUGACAAUUUGUUGAUUUUAGUAAGAGCUGACCAUUUAUUUUUGUUGAGGAAAGGUAAGAAUUGGAUUUCAAUUUGAUCAUAAUAUUUUACAAAGCUGAGGUAGGAAUCAUAAUAUGGGGUGGGGGGGGGUGAUAUAUGGAUAUCACUUAUCUUUUUACCCACAUCCUAUAUACACAUGGUAAAUGGCCGUUUUGAAAACAGGACUAGUUUCAUUAUUUUAUGAAGGUUAGUAGGUGGGAGGUUUAACAAGAAUUUAAUUUAAUUUUUGAUUUGGAGUGGUAGGAGCUUUGAGCUGUGUUACUCAUUAGCCACAGAAUUGAAUUUAUAAUUUGUCUUUAUUUUAUUCUGUUUUCACUACUUAACACUACUUCCAAAUGAUGUUUUUUAAAACAGACUUUACAUUAGUUUUUGAUAUGUAAUUUUUUUUUUUAAUGGCACAAAAAACUGACGACAUUUCAAUUAAAAUAGGUUGGAUGUUUGUAAUGUAUUGUGAAUGCUUGUUUCAUUGCAAUAAAGUCAUGAUUUCCAGAUAA